UAGGUCAUGUGUGUACAAAGCAGCAAUAAGGGAAGCUGUUUAGUCAUAGCUGUGUCUUUGAGGGUCCUAAGCAGAAGGGUGAGGAGCAGAAUACAGUGAUUCAGGAAACAGGCUCUCGAAGAAGCUUGUUUCCCAGCUGCCGGGACGUCACGGGAAAGACAAGAAACUCACAGCAUGUUUUUAUCAGGGGUCUGGAUUUUAGCUGUUUCCGUCACUGUGGCAGUACAGGAAAAAACCCCUCUUGCUCCAUGUCUCCCAGGACCCCAAGGUCCUCCUGGGAACAAUGGAGUUCCUGGUCAUAAUGGGUUCAAUGGGGAGAAAGGGGAGAAGGGACUCAGAGGGGAACCAGGUUCCACAGGAAUGCGUGGGCCACAGGGCCCUCCAGGAAAACUAGGUCCAAUGGGACCAAAGGGCGAAAGUGGACAACCAGGUCCCACCGGCCCACAAGGAAGCCUGGGAGAAUGCUCACCACGUCAGAAAUCUGCCUUUGCCAUGAAACUCGCCAAAAACUAUCCAGCUCCUAAACAACCCAUUAUAUUUCAUCAAAUUUUAUACAAUGAUCAGCAACAUUUUGAUAAGGCCACAGGAAUUUUCACUUGCCAAAUACCCGGAGUUUAUUACUUUGGCUACAAUGUGGAGUUGUACCGGAACACCACGUCCAUUCUUCUAAUGAAAAACAGCCAGGCAGUGAUAGGAUCAUAUCAGACCACCCUAAACUCUUAUGAAAAUAUGUCAGGAAGUACAGUCCUUAAGCUGGAGAAGGGUGACAGGGUCUGGUUAGAAGUGAACCAGGAAAGUAAUGGAGCGACACACACAAGCUACUUUUUGGGUUACCUGAUAUUUGAAAUUUAGAUUUCUGCAGAACUUCUGAAUUAGCUUCACCAUUGUGUCAGAAUUUAAGAGAUGAGGAAAGUAU